AUAAAACAGGUGCUACACAAAUAAUAUUAUUUACAAUGCCACGGAAAAAAUCAAAUAUCGGAAGAUCAACGAGAAAUACGAAGCAACAGGCAACCAAAAGAACUACAGAAACACCGCAACAACAAACAACACGAUUAGAAUCAAACAGACUUCGAGCUUCGUCUUUGAGAGCUAAUGAAACAGAUAGUGAACGUGUUGUUCGAGUUACAGACCUACGAUCAAGAGCGUCUUCAUCAAGAGCUGCCGAAAAACCUGACGAACGAGCUCAACGUUUGGAUGAUCAAAGAUUAAGACAAAAUCAGUUAAGAACUAAAACCGAUCUUAAUAAAGCAGCUUUUAAUUACGAUAAGAAAUAUGAUUACAAGAUCCAUCCCGAUGUGGUCAUUGGUUCAAUGAAUGUAGUAUGUCCGCAUUGUCGCGCUAAGAAGUUUCAAAAAGAAACUGCCGGUUUGUGUUGCUCCAACGGUAAAGUUCAUUUACCACCACUGGUUGAACCACCAGAACCUCUUCUUACCUACGUAUCUGGAACUACUAAGGAGUCUAAACAUUUUCUUCAGCAUAUUAGAAAAUACAACUCCUGUUUUCAAAUGACAUCGUUUGGAGCAACAAAUAUUGUAAAAUAUAAUCAUUUUAUGCCCACAUUUAAAGUGCAAGGACAAGUAUACCAUCAAAUUGGUUCACUUCUCCCAGUACCUGAAGAAAAUCCCCAAUUUUUGCAAAUUUAUUUCAUGGAUAACGUAGAAAAAGAGAUUGACCGACGAUGCAUGUUCAGUACGACAACUAACCGGGAAAUUAUUACUAAAUUACGGAUUAUGCUUCAUGAAAAUAAUUGUUUGAUUAGAGAUUUUAAAUCUGCAUUAGAAGGUGCGACAACAGAUGAUUUCAGGGUCAUUAUCAGAGCAGAUAAAAAACCUUCAAAUGAGCAUGAAAGACGCUUUAAUGCACCCAUGGCUUCUGAAGUCGCAGCUGUAAUUGUUGGUACAGAAAUUACUAAAAGAGAUAUUGUUAUCACUAAGCGAGAUCAAACCAAGCAACGUGUCGCUGAAACACACCGAUCGUAUGACGCCCUUCAAUAUCCAAUUCUGUUUCCGCGAGCAGAAGAUGGAUAUCAUCUCGAACUAUAUCAAACUAAUCCCACGACAAGCGCUGUGACAUUGAAGAGAGUUAGUUGUAUGGAUUUUUAUGCGUAUCGUAUCAUGAUAAGAGAUAAUCAAUCUAACCAUAUUCUUAAGUGUCGUCAACUGUUUCAACAAUUUAUUGUUGACAUGUACGCUAAGGUUGAAAGCGAACGACUAAACUUUAUUCGAUACAAUCAAUCGAAACUCCGAGCCGAAGAAUAUAUUCAUUUGCGAGAUACAAUAUCGAAUGAUAAAGAAGCUGCAAAUAUUGGACAAAGAGUAAUACUUCCAUCUACGUAUACUGGAAGUCCAAGACAUAUGCAGGAAUAUGCUCAGGAUGCUUUGACGUAUGUUCGAAAAUAUGGACGUCCAGAUCUUUUCAUUACCUUCACAUGUAAUCCAGCUUGGGAAGAAAUUAAAGAUUUACUUCUGCCUGGGCAGCAAUCAUCGGAUCGACAUGACCUUAUAGCAAGAGUUUUUAAACAAAAAUUGAUAAGUUUAAUAAGCCUCAUCACCAAGAAGCAUAUAUACGGAGAAACUCGCUGUUGGAUGUAUUCCAUUGAAUGGCAAAAGAGAGGUUUACCGCAUGCUCAUAUCUUAAUUUGGUUGGUUGAAAAAAUUGUUCCUUCUCAAAUUGACAAUAUUAUUAGUGCUGAGCUACCCGACCAAAAAGAAGAUCCAGAAUUGUUUGAAAUUAUAAAAAAAAAUAUGAUUCAUGGACCAUGUGGUUCAUAUAAUCCAGACUCACCCUGUAUGAAAGAUGGAAAAUGCACCAAAGGUUACCCCCGUCAGUUCUUGAAAGAAACACAAACUGGAGGUGAUGGUUAUCCGCUGUAUAGACGACGAAUGCCAGUUGAUGGAGGACACACAACAACUAUCAAUGUUAAAAAUGUACCUGUCAAAAUUGAUAACAAAUGGAUUGUGCCUUAUACUCCAAUACUUUCGAAAUCAUUCAAUGCGCAUAUCAAUGUAGAGGUCUGUAAUUCCGUAAAAUCUAUCAAAUAUAUAUGUAAAUAUGUAAAUAAAAGCAGCGAUAUGGCAGUUUUCGGACUCGAGAAUUCAAGCGUGCCUAUUAAUGAAGUCGAUCAGUUUCAAAUGGGACGUUAUAUAAGCAGUAACGAAGCUGUAUGGCGAAUUUUAGGUUUUGAUAUUCAUGAAAGAUUUCCUACUGUUACUCAUCUUAGUGUCCAUUUAGAGAACGGUCAACGAAUUUAUUUCACGGAAGAAAAUGCUUUUCAGAAAGCUAUGGAUCCACCAAAUACAACAUUAACAGCUUUUUUUCCAGUUAUAAGAAAACGAGGUACAAAACAUCCUUCGGUAGCUGGCAUAUUUUCUACUGGUGCUCUGGGAAGAGUAUACACUGUGCAUCCUAAUAAUAGUGAAUGCUAUUAUUUACGAAUGCUGCUUCACGUGAUUAAAGGUCCAACAUCAUUUAAAGCAAUCAAAACCAUCGAUGGCCAAGAGUGUCAAACUUAUAGAGAAGCGUGCUUUAAACUUGGUAUGCUCGAGCAUGAUGAACAUUGGAACAACACAUUGACCGAAGCAUCUGAAACACGUCAUCCUCACCAAAUCAGAGCUCUAUUUGCUAUAAUUUUAACAACCUGUGUACCUUCUGAUCCAAAAUAUUUAUGGGAAAAACAUAAAGAGAGUAUGAGCGAAGACAUAUUGCUGCGAGAACGUCAAGACAAUCCUAACCUGGAUGUACAAACUGAUGUUGUUGAUAGAGAUGUAUUAAGAGAAAAGCAAUAUGACCUCGAAGUUUUGCAAAACUAUGUUGAAACUCACAAAAAACUCUUAACAAAUGAUCAAAGACUAGCGUUUAACUUGGUUAUGGAGUAUAUACAGAAAGGAAAUGGUGGACUUCUUUUUCUUGAUGCACCAGGAGGUACCGGAAAAACAUUUCUGCUUAAUUUGAUACUAGCAGAAGUUCGAAGAAAACAUGAAAUUGCUGUGGGUGUAGCAUCAUCGGGGAUCGCAGCUACAUUACUCGAUGGAGGACGCACGGCACAUUCAGCUUUUAAGUUACCACUGAAUUUAAAUGUAGCUGAAAGCCCUGUUUGUAACAUUGGAAAAUCAUCUGGAAUGGCAACUGUAUUAAAGAAAUGUCAACUCAUUAUUUGGGAUGAAUGCACUAUGUCUCAUAAAAAAGGGCUCGAAGCACUUGAUCGGACUCUACGAGAUUUCCGAAACGAUCAACGAAUAAUGGGUGGAGCUGUGAUACUACUUGCUGGUGAUUUCCGUCAAACUUUACCGGUGAUUCAGCGAUCAACACCAGCAGAUGAGCUGAAUGCAUGCCUUAAGUAUUCGUAUCUUUGGAAAUACGUCAAAAAAAUUACACUAUCGACUAAUAUGCGUGUGCAUUUACUUAAAGAUGAUUCUGCAAAAACAUUUGCUCAGCAACUUUUAGAUAUGGGCGAUGGUAAAAUUCCAGUUGAUCCUUCAACACAGGAAAUAUCAUUCCCACAGAAUUUCUGUCAACUUCAGUCAUCAAUAGAAGAUCUUGACAAUAAAGUUUUUCCUAACAUCGCCAGCAACUUUAAGAAUCAUGAUUGGCUUUGUGAGCGUGCUAUCCUAGCUCCUAAGAAUGAUGAUGUAAAUAAAAUAAAUGAUAGGAUACAAUUAAAGAUUCCUGGAACUUUUACGGAAUAUAAAUCUAUUGACACAGUUACAGAAGAAAAUGAUGCUAUAAACUAUCCAGUCGAAUUUCUUAACUCUUUAGAGCCACCUGGAAUGCCUUCACACAAGCUGACGUUGAAAAUUGGAUCUCCAAUACUACUUCUUAGAAAUUUAAAUACGCCAAAAUUAUGUAACGGAACUAGACUUUCCAUUAAAAAACUUAUGCCUAAUGUGAUUGAAGCUACAAUAAUAGUCGGAAAAUAUAAAGGAGAAGAUGUUCUGAUUCCACGUAUUCCUAUUAUUCCUAGCGAUUUACCAUUCACAUUUAAACGAUUACAGUUUCCGAUUCGCCUUGCUUUUUGCGAUGACGAUUAA